GUAAGCCUAAAGCAUUGGAAGGACUGAAACAUUACCUUAUGAAGACUCUGUGCAUGAAUGUUCAAUUGUAAUUUGAUGAAUUUGGUCAUGCCGUGAAGUAUGGUUGAGUCUGUAGUUGUAAGGAACUUGGUUCAGCUUUAUUCCGGAAUUCUUUUAUGUUGUUUGAAGUUAACAUGAUGGUCAAAUCCUCAAUAAGUAAUGCCAGAUAUACUUACGUGCAUGAUCAGAAAUAUCGCUCUGAAGAUAUUGACAUACACCAUAUAGUUUUGAGGAGGAGGAGUACAAAACAUCUUUUUGUUUAUGUCUCAGCACUUCUUGUAUUAGCAUGUGCCGUCUAUCUCUAUGUUCUUGAGGAACAAUCAAUAAGCCUUGUGUAUUUCAGCUUGCUUUUUGACAUAUUUCUUGUCAAGUUGUUACUUGGGAAGCCUAUUAAGAAAGAGUCGGUUGUGAUUAUGCCAGCUUUUGGAGUACAGCUUGAGACUCACUACAUGAGUGGAAAAGUCACCCGAUACUUUGUUCCCAUUGACAAGAUUCUGAAACCUGUUCUACUAGAAUGUGUUACUCCAGUGACUUGUUACUGGACUCUAUCCUUGAUUAUUCGUGGGGAAUCAGAAAUGGUUUUAGUUUUCAAGAAUUUACGUCCACCAGUGAAAAUGCUGGUCCAUGUCUGGAAGGCCCUGUGUGCUGCAACUGGUAGUAAAGAAGAGGCUUGUACACAUACACAGUGAAUAGUUGACAGCUAUGGUUAUACUGGUUCUGGACCCCGUCGAUAUAAUCUAAAAUUGAAAGUUUGGAGACAAAUUGACUCUACCUUUCGUACUGCAAAUUAGUUAGCUACUAAAAACUGGGGAAGAAUUUUGCAUCGUGACAUAGGACUGCUAGAACAAGUUCAUUUCCGUAUCAGUCUAUUCUAUUGUACCCAGUUCCAAAAAUGAUAGUGGCAUAGCCGAGACUGGUAAUAUAUCUAUAAUGCAAGAUUUCCCUGCUAAGAGCGUCUCUCUUUUUCAAUGUGACAGAAUUUUACAGAUGU